CUUCGCCCACCAUUGUAUCCAUUAUAUCGCUACCUUCGUGCAGUACUUUAACACUCUAAUUCACAUCCUCCAUCUCAUCUCCAAUGGCCUUGCUUGAUAACGACUUUGCUCGCUCUGAGAACACCCAGAAGGUGGUAGCUCUCGCCGAUGUCACUGGAAUAAAUGACAUAUUGAAGCUUUUGGGCAAAAUCUUUUCUUUGAUUUUCAGCUAUUUGGCCCAUACAUAUCAAAUUUGUAAAUUGUCCAUAGACCAACAAAUCGCUGCGUUGCCUUCAAAUCUAUCUGCUUUUGCCUUUCAUUUCAGACAUAAUCCAAUCAAGGACACAAUCCUAAUCCUUCUCUGUCUUGCUCUAAUCCCACUAUCAAUUAAACCAGUCUCAUAUGUAUUAUACUCCUUUGGUAUAUCCUUCGGUAUCUUAUUUGCUGCUGUCACAGUCUUCAUCCUAUUUGUUAUCGUGGUUUUUGUGCCCUUGAUCUUCAUUUCCUGUCUAUUAACAAUGAUUGGCUGUUUUGUUUAUAAUAAAUGGUACGGUGAAAAAGACAAGAAAAUCAUUCUUGGUAUAAACAGACAUACCGUCAUUUAAUUGUUUUCUUAUUUAAUUAUAUUAUCUUAUCUUAUCAAUAAACACUUUCAUAUCAUACACUCACAAUAAAUCUUAUCUUUUUC